AUGGCAAGGAGUUUCUAUGAACGGCUUAUACGAAGCAUCUUCGGAGCGACCAGCUCGCCAGCCUGUUGUAAUUUCGCGCUACAGCAAACUGCUAGAGACAAUGCAGCCAACUUCAGUGAACAAGCCGUACAAGCCAUUCUGCAAGAUGUCUACAUGGAUGACCUGCUGAAAUCAGUCGAGGGUGUUCCAAAGGGAAUUGAGCUGGCCAAGGAAUUGGUGGCGCUGACGGCUAUGGGUGGUUUCAGACUACAUAAAUGGCUAUCCAACGCCCGAGAAGUUCUGGCUGCCAUCGAUAGUUCAGAGCUAGCUGUUCGCGAGGUAGACUUUGAUAAUGAUGAGGUUCCCAACCAGAGAACCUUGGGGAUGAGUUGGGACCUCCUCCAGGACAUCUUUGUCUUCCAUGCUGACCCCAAAGAGACCAAUAUGACGAAAAGAGGCCUAGUUAGCAUAAUGUGCUCCGUGUUCGAUCCGUGCGGCUAUAUCACCCCUUUCAUAUUCCGUGCUAAGUGUUUGGUACAGGAUCUAUGGAGAGCCGGGUUAGACUGGGACCAGCCCCUUCCGGAUAACUUGCAGCACAAAUGGAGGGAAUGGCUCCGAGAGCUUAGGGAACUGUAUGACACUGUCAAGAUACCAAGACACCACCCAGGGUUCAGCUCGCAGGCAGAGGAUGUCCAGAUCCACGUCUUUGGAGAUGCCUCAGAGUCUGGGUUUG